UCUUCAUGCCCGACUGAUUGUUGUGUGCUUGCGCGCUUACGCUCCUCCCCCUACUAGCUGCUAUUCACCCUCUUAAACAAACACGACAUCCCCUAAUCACAGCCCUAGCACCGAGUACCGUAAGGCACGUACUGUACUGUGGAAAAAGAGGAUGAAGAAGUAAAAUGUGCGCUCUCUGGGAUUUUUUUGCUCCUUCCUUAGUUGGGUCUUCAUCCUCGUAAGGAGAAAGUUAAACAGAAAGAUUGUAAAAAGUAGCAGAGAGACCCGAGACUCAGAAGAUGGCUCCAGACAACACACAGCGAAGCUACUCCAUUAUACCUUGCUUCAUCUUUGUAGAACUCGUCAUCAUGGCUGGGACUGUUCUGCUGGCCUAUUACUUCGAGUGCACUGACACAUUCGGGGUGCAUAUUCAGGGUUUUUUCUGCAAUGACGCUGACCUGAUGAAGCCCUAUCCUGGAGUGGAAGAAGAGAGUUUUGUUCCUCCUCUCAUCUUGUAUUGUGUAGUAGCAGCUGCUCCCACAGCUAUCAUUUUUACUGGAGAGAUUUCAAUGUACUUCAUAAAAUCUACAAGGGACACACUUAUUGCCCAAGAGAAGACAAUUGUGACUGGCGAGUGCUGUUACUUGAAUCCUCUUAUUCGUAGAAUCAUAAGAUUCAUAGGUGUAUUCGCAUUUGGAUUGUUUGCUACUGAUAUCUUUGUAAAUGCUGGCCAGGUUGUAACAGGGAAUUUGACACCGUACUUUUUAACUGUUUGCAAGCCAAAUUAUACUGGAACAGAUUGCCGCUUCAACCACCAAUUCAUCACAAAUGGAAACAUCUGUACAGGAGACCAGAUGGUGGUUGAAAGGGCCAGAAGAUCUUUUCCAUCAAAGGAUGCAGCUUUAAGUGUUUACUCUGCUGUAUAUGUGACAAUGUACGUUACAAGCACUAUAAAAACUAAAAGCAGCAGGCUAGCCAAGCCAGUGCUCUGCCUUGGAACCCUCUGUACUGCAUUCCUUACAGGGCUCAAUAGAGUGUCUGAAUAUCGAAAUCACUGCUCAGAUGUUAUUGCAGGAUUUCUUUUAGGAUGUUCUGUGGCUUUAUUCUUGGGGAUCUGUGUUGUCCACAACUUCAAAGGAGUACAUGCAACACCUAGAAAGCAGAAAACAGAGGAUUACCGUGGCCUCCCUCUAAUGACAUUUCCUCGGGUUGAGAGUCCCCUGGAAACACUGAGUGCCCAGAAUCACUCAGCAUCUAUGACAGAGGUCACAUGACUGAGAGGGGAGCAUAAGGUUACUUUUUCUUCACCUCAACACUUCUAGGCACACAAAUGUUUUGUACUGUGUCAAAAUGUAAAAGAACAGUAUUAUGUUGUUCCUAGUUAGAAGCAGAUGUUUUUUGUACAUUUUGUAUAAGAGAGUGCUGUAGCUUACCCUGAUUUUGUCUGCUUUGAACAAUUAUGUCAGGUUUAUGCAUUCCUUGUCAUGUUUUACAUUAUAAAGUAAAUAUAUAAGUUUAUUGAAAUAUUGAUGUUGUUAUGUGGUAUUUGUACAAGAAAAUCCUUUUUUCUGUUUUCUGUAAAUCUUUGGCAAAAGUCACCUUUUGUAUCCUUUUGUUAUCUCUGUAUAAAAUUGAUUUUUUUGGCUACAUUUGCCUGCAAGAUUUGCAGGAAUGUUUUUGGUAUUCAUAUAUUUUGUUUAAGAGAACAAAAAUACUUUGUGACACAUUAUUGUUCUUUGUUUUUCUUCUUGAUUUUUUAAACUUCAGCAUGGAAGUAAAAACUGUUUGAAUAGCAGAAUAACAUAUUUGUAUAUUGUUUUCUUAAAAGUUAGAAUUUCCUCUGAAAUGCUGUAUAUUUUUUCCUAAUUUUUAUUUGUCCACAAAAAUAAAUGCAAUCUGUAGC